AUGUCUGAGUCAACCUCCGCGAAUACUCCGAAACCGAGUAGUAGCGUUAAACUAGUACUUUUGGGCGAGGCUGCUGUAGGAAAGUCUUCGUUGGUACUGCGGUUUGUCAACAAUGACUUUCAAGAGAACAAGGAACCCACGAUUGGAGCUGCCUUCCUGACCCAAAAAUGCUCUCUUCCGACCCGAACGAUUAAGUUUGAAAUCUGGGACACCGCCGGCCAGGAGCGCUUUGCCUCACUCGCUCCCAUGUACUACCGUAACGCCCAGGCGGCGCUGGUGGUCUACGACGUGACUAAACCUUCCUCGCUGACCAAGGCCAAACAUUGGGUGGCGGAACUGCAACGACAAGCUAGCCCUGGCAUCGUGAUCGCCCUGGUUGGCAAUAAGCUGGACUUGACGAAUGACGGCAGCGGAGAGACACUUCCCAAUAACGAACCUGUGUCCGUGGGUGCGGAGGGAGAGGAUGCUACCGGCGAGAGUCCAGACGAGCAGGAUAUUACUUCCGGAGAUGCCCGCAAGGUGUCGACUCGGGAGGCUAGCUCAUAUGCGGAAGAGGAGGGCCUGUUGUUCUUCGAAACUAGUGCGAAGACCGGAAUGAAUGUUGUAGAUGUCUUCACUGCGAUUGCCAAUGCCAUUCCCGAGAGCAAUUUGAAGAGUGGACGAGGUGCUGGCGCGGGCACCGGCCAGACUACCCUGGGAGGUGGUCGAUCGGGAGACGACUCGCGAGUGAGCCUGGGGGAUCGGGGUGCUGCCACUGCGAAGGAAGGGUGUGCAUGUUAA